AUGGAAGUGUGGGGCUUGCUGCUGGCAGUGCUGGGGGGAGCUCUGUGCCAAGAACCAGAACAUCCCCAUGGCUGCUCUCAAGGCAGCUGCUACCCAGCCACAGGGGAUCUGCUGGUCGGCCGGGCUGACCGCCUCUCCACCACCUCCACUUGUGGGCUACGGCGUCCCCAGCCCUACUGCAUUGUUAGCCACCUGCAGGAUGAGAAAAAGUGCUUUGUGUGUGACUCCCGUCGGUCCUACGAUCCCUUGACCAACCCGAACAGCCAUCGCAUCGAGAAUGUCAUCACCACCUUUGCGCCCCGCCGCAAGAAGGCCUGGUGGCAGGCAGAGAACGGUAUGGAGCAGGUCAGCAUCCGCCUGGACCUGGAAGCAGAGUUCCAUUUCACUCACCUCAUUAUGACUUUCAAGACCUUCCGUCCGGCAGCCAUGCUGGUAGAGCGCUCAGCAGAUUUUGGCCGCACCUGGCAAGUGUACCGUUAUUUCGCCUACGAUUGCGCUGCAUCCUUCCCUCAUGUCUCCCAUGGAUCCUUGCGUCGGGUGGAUGAUGUCAUCUGUGAGUCGCGAUACUCAGACAUCGAGCCCUCCACUGAGGGAGAGGUCAUUUACAGAGUGCUGGAUCCGGCUAUCUACAUCCGAGAUCCCUAUGGUCCAAAAAUCCAGAACCUCCUGAAGGUCACCAACCUGCGGGUGAACUUGACCAAGCUGCACACGCUAGGAGACAACCUGCUGGAUUCACGCCGGGAGAUCAAGGAGAAGUACUACUAUGCCGUGUAUGAGAUGGUCCUGCGUGGCAACUGCUUCUGUUACGGGCACGCCUCGGAGUGCGCCCCUCUUCCUGGCGGCCCUGCAGAUGUGGAGGGCAUGGUGCACGGCCGCUGUGUCUGCAAACACAACACCAAUGGGCUGAACUGUGAGCAGUGUGACAGCUUCUACAACGAGCUGCCUUGGCGCCCGGCUGAGGGGCGCCGCACCAACGCUUGUAAAAAGUGCAACUGCAACGAGCAUUCGCACAAGUGCCACUUCGACAUGGCCGUGUACCUGGCCACGGGCAACACCAGCGGCGGGGUCUGUGACAAUUGUCAGCACAAUACCAUGGGGCGCAACUGCCAGCUCUGCAAGCCCUUCUACUACAAGGAUCCCUCCAAGGAUAUUCGUGAUCCCAGCGUGUGCCGUGCCUGUGACUGUGACCCUGAUGGCACGCUCGACGGCGGAGUGUGCGACACGCAUGAUGAUCCAGUGCUGAGGCUGAUUGCUGGGCAGUGCCGCUGCAAGGAGCAUGUGCAGGGACCGCGCUGUGACAGAUGCAAACCCGGCUUCUUUGGACUGAGUGCGGAAAACCCGCAAGGCUGUCAACGCUGCCAGUGUGACCCACGAGGCACGGUUCAGGACGGGCCCCAGUGCGAUGCCAUUACAGGCGACUGCUUCUGCAAACGCUUGGUCACUGGACGCAGCUGUAGCCAAUGUCUGCCUGAACACUGGGCCCUGAGCCCUGACCUACAUGGAUGCCGGCCCUGUGACUGCGAUGUAGGAGGUGCUCAUGACAACCAGUGCGCCAGAGAAACGGGACAGUGCCGCUGCCGCAACCACAUAGUGGGCAGGCAGUGCAACCAAGUGCAGACUGGCUAUUACCACAUUGCGUUGGACUACUACACGUAUGAGGCGGAAGAGGCCCGACUCCGCCAGGGGGUGGAAGUCAUGGAGCGAGUGCACCCAGCAGGCCACCCAGCCACGUGGACCGGGCUGGGGUUUGCCCGGGCUUUGAAAGGCAGCGUGGUGGAGUUCCAGAUCAAUAACGUGCCCUUCUCCAUGGAAUAUGACAUAUUGCUGCGCUAUGAACCUCAGCUACCUGGGACGUGGGAGGAGGUGAAGGUGUCUGUGGUGCGGCCUGGGCCUAUCCCCACCAGCAGUCCCUGUGGGAACACGAUCCCUGCAGAUGACUUGAUGUCCGUGGCUCUGCCAUCCACCUCCCGGUAUGUGGUGCUGCCUCAGCCAGUCUGCCUGGAGCAAGGGGUCAGCUACACCAUCCGGCUGGAGUUCACUCGCUACGGAGGGCGUGAGCAUUUGCAAGGUGCUGCUGUACUCCUGGACUCAUUGGUCCUGAUGCCACGUUACUCCUCCUUAGAGAUGUUCAUUGCCGGUGAUGCCGCCUCUAUUGCCCGCAAGGAGAUCUUUGAACGCUACCGCUGUGCCCAACAUGCUCGCCCUGUGGUUAAGGCACCCAUGCCAGAGCCUUGUGCCAACUUGCUCGCCAGCAUGUCUGCCAUCAUCCUCCAGGGGGCGCUGCCCUGCCUGUGUAACCCUCAGGGCUCACUCAGCUCUGAGUGCAACCCAAGGGGCGGGCAGUGCCAGUGCAAACCUCACAUCAUGGGCCGCCGCUGCGAACGCUGCUUCCCUGGCACCUUUGGCUUCGGGCCCAGCGGCUGCAAAGCAUGCCAGUGUGACAGGGAGGGAUCCUUGACCAGCUUCUGUGAUGGCUCCAAUGGACAGUGCCCAUGCCGGCCAGGGGCUUUUGGGCCUCGCUGUGACCACUGCCAACCUGGCCACUGGGGUUUCCCAAACUGCCGCCCCUGCCAGUGCAACGGGCGCUCAGAAGAAUGUGACCCGCGGAUAGGCAGCUGUCUGCGUUGCCGAGGCCACACAGAAGGCGAACGAUGCCAGAGGUGUGCAUCUGGAUACUACGGAAACCCCGCGUUGGCCUCAGGCGGCCAUUGCCGCCCUUGCCCUUGUCCUGAGGCACCAGGCUCUGGACGCCAUUUUGCUGCUGCAUGCCACCAAGACAGGCGCUCUGGGACUGUGAUGUGUAGCUGCCUCCCAGGCUAUACAGGCCCGCGCUGUGACGAGUGUGCUCCUGGUUACUACGGCAACCCCUGGCAGGCUGGGGGGCGAUGCCAGCCCUGCGCAUGUAACAACAACAUUGAAACCUCGGACCCGGAGUCCUGUGACCGUCGCACGGGCCGCUGCCUCCGCUGCCUCUACCACUCUGAGGGGGAUCAGUGCCAGCUCUGCCAAGCGGGCCAUUACGGUGAUGCCACCCGUCGUACCUGUCGCCGUUGCUCCUGUAACUUCCUGGGCACGGUGAGCAGCGAGUGUCCAUCGCGGGACCACUGCCUGUGCGAACGGAGCAGCGGGCAGUGCCAGUGCUUGCCCAACGUCCAAGGGCAGAGCUGUGACCAUUGUGCCCCCAACUUCUGGAACCUAGCCAAUGGGCAGGGCUGCCAGCCGUGCAGCUGCCACCCCCAGUACUCACUGAGCCCUGCUUGCAAUCAGUUCACAGGGCAAUGCCAAUGCCGGCCAGGAUUUGGGGGCCGUACCUGCUCUGAAUGUCAGGAGUACCACUGGGGAGAGCCCAGCCAGCAGUGCAGAGCUUGUGACUGUGAUCCGCGUGGGAUCGAGACCCCACAGUGUCACCGCGUCACCGGGCACUGUUCCUGCCGCCCGGGCGUGUCCGGCGUGCGCUGUGACCAGUGUUCCCGUGGCUUUGCCGGCGACUUCCCAGCCUGUCAUCCCUGCCACCAGUGCUUUGGAGACUGGGACCGCAUCGUGCAGGAUUUGGCGGCCCACACCCGCAGCCUAGCCCAGCGUGCCCAACAGCUCCAGCAGACGGGCCUCUCCGGGGCUUUCGAGGGCACCUUCCGUCGACUACAGGACAAGCUGAGUGCCGUCCAGGCCGUUGUCAACUCCCGCAAUGCCACCGCUGGUGCCAUCACUCAUCUCCUGCAUAAUAUGGAUGAACUGCGGCAGGAGAUAGCAGAUGUCACAGAAACGCUCACCCGCCUGGAGGGGUUGCUGACUGCAACCCAGGACGAGAAUUUCAACGCCAACCAUGCCCUAGGCACUCUGGAGCGUGCCGCUCGUAGCCUCAACCUCAGCCUGGCAGACCUGACAAGACACCUGGAUGCUCUCAAGCAUGCCAACGUGCUGGGGGCCUAUGAUAGCGUCCGCCAGUCCUUUGAGCAGUCGCGAGAAGCUGAGCGCCAGGCCAACGCCUCCACUUUGGCCGUGCCUAGCCCUGUCAGCCAGUCGGCCGCCAUCCGACGCCGCACAGAAGGCCUAAUGGCAGCACGGAGAGACACCUUCAACCGGCAGAACGCAGUGAACCGGAGAGCCCUGACUGAGCUGUCAGGACGUGUUGGAGGGCUCAGCCUUCAUCGGAUCAAUGAGAAGGUAUGUGGUGCCCCAGGGGACGUCCCUUGUCCCAGCAGCCCCUGCGGAGGUGCUGGCUGCCGUGAUGAAGACGGCAGACGUCACUGCGGGGGCCUCAACUGCAACGGGGCGGUGGCCACGGCCGAUAAUGCGUUGGACCGAGCCCGCCAUGCCGAAGGUGAGCUGCGCCGUGCUGUGGCUGAUGUGGAUCUGUUGCUACGCCAGGUAGCUGCGGCUAAAGCACAGGCAGGAGAGGCCAAGCGGAGAGCCCAAGCAGCCUUGGACAACGCCAACGCCACCAAAGCCCGGCUGGAGCACUCCAAUAAGGAACUGCGGGACCUCAUCCAGCAAAUCAAGGGAUUCCUGAAUCUUGAUGGGGCUGAUCCUGACAGCAUUGCUCUGGUGGCCUCCCGCGUGCUGGAGCUCUCCAUCCCAGCGUCACCUGCGCAGAUCCAUCACCUGGCUGAGGAGAUCAAGGAGCGUGUCAGCAGCCUGGCCAACGUGGAUGCCAUCUUGGACCAAACAGCAGGGGACGUACGCAGAGCAGGGCAGCUACUACAAGAUGCACGUCGUGCUAAUGCCCGGGCAGAGGGCGUAAAGACUGCUGCCGAAGCUGUGAAGCAGGCUCUAGACGAUGCCAAGCAUGCGCAAAAUGCUGCUGAGAGAGCCAUUCGCAAUGCGGCCAGUGAUAUCCACCACACAGAGAAUGCUGUUAAUAAGAUCCAGGAGCAGACAGAAAGUGCCGAGGGCCAGCUGGCUGAAGCCAUGGAACGGGUGGGCCGCCUGGACAGGCAGGUGGACGCCCUCAAGAUGAAGUGGGCCAACAACAGCCUGGCAGCCACACGAGCAGAGGACACAGCCAAUGCCGCCCGGGACCGGGCUGGGGAGGCCAAACAAGUGUUGGAGGGGCCGCUGGAGGACCAGUACCGCACAAUGAAGGAGCUGGUGGAACACAAGGCCCACCACGUGCAGCAGGCGCGGCAGAAAGCCGAGCGCCUACGUGACGAGGCCAAGGGGCUGCUGCGAGAUGCCCACGACAAGCUCCGGCGGCUGAGCGUGCUGGAAGGGACGUAUGAAGAAAACGAGAAGCUGUUGGAAGAGAAGGCAGCCCAGCUGGACGGGCUGGAGGCCAAGAUGAGGGCCAUUCUGGGCGACAUCAACCAGCAGAUCCAAAUUUACAACACGUGCCAGUGAUCGUCCUAUUUUCUU